AUGUUCGCCGUUGUACCGACAGCGGCUGCGACGCCAACGCAGGCGGCCCUGUACUCGCUUGCUGACUCUGCGAAGCCCGUUGCGGAUGCUUUGCGUCCAUUCUUGGAAGCGUCACCAUCACCCACGGCCUCGUGGAUGCCGCUGUGCAAGAUCGAAAAGGUAGCAUUCUGCAAAGCCGUCUACUCUGUUUUGCUCCGCAGCGAUGGUGUGCUGCUGCUUCUCUCACAUUUUGCCGCGGACGGUGCAGCAAGCAAGGCACACGUCUCGGUGCUGGAGAGCGGCGGGGAGGCUGUUGUCGAUGUCGCAGCUGGAGAGGCGCACAUUGUGUACUGCACUGUUUCAGGGGCUGUUUACAGCUGUGGCUACGACAACAUGUACGGCCAGCUCGGGGACGGCUCUGUGUGGUCGUCCAACGAUGCCGCUGACGGUAUCGCUGAUGAGCAGAACGUUGGCGGCGCGAGGGAACCAGUGCUGAGCGCGCCCAGGCGGAUUGCCGGAUUCGGAGAGGGUGCACUGACGGACGGCGCGCACAGGGAACACCUUAGCAAAGAGGACACCGAUACACCGCUGAGCAGUCUGAAGGAUUACCGGGUUGCAAUCGACUUGGCACCUCUACCGUCAUCCCUCGCUUGCUGCACCCGAUCGCCCACUGCUGCUGCAAAGAGCACGCCGAGUGGUGACUCGGCCGCUUCAUGGCGGCACGUGCCACCUCCGGCUGAUCGGCACAUUAAGCAGGUUGCGUGCGGUGCGCACCACACGCUCAUGCUCACUCAGUCUGGACGCUGCGUCUAUGCGUGUGGCACCAGUGCGCACGGCCAGCUUGGCGGAUCGCGCCCGGUGCUCGUGCAGUCCACAUUUCGCGCUAUUACGCUGCUGUUCGGGAUAGAUAUGGUACAGGUGGCUGCCGCAGACGCACACAGCUUCGUGCUGCUCCGCAACGGGCUGCUUUACGCCUUUGGGGACAACACAUGUGGCCAGUUGGGUCUGGGACACACAAGGCGAGUCAGCUGUCCCACCACGGUGCCACUAACUAAAAAGGAAGAGUAUGAGGCAUCCAUGGCGCAGGAUCACGCUGCGGCGACCACAAAAGGUCACCGGCAGCUGGACGCCAAGGCCUACGCGACGCUGCGGGCGCCCUACGCCUCUACGGAGAGCACCUACUACCCGUUGCAAGUGCCACGUCUGCAAGACAAUGCAAAGCCGCAUGCCAUCACGGACGACGACGACCGCGACAGCGGUGCAGCCUUCGCUGCAGCAAUCAAGUACGGUGCCCACUCCCAUGAGCUCGAGUCGUCGAACUCAAGUGUUAGAGUAGUGCGCGUCUACUGCUGUGUCUCGUGGACGCUGCUGGAGACAACGAACCCCGGAGUGUGGCUUUCAUGCGGGGUCCCACUGACGCGUGGCGUGAACCGGGCCGACGUGGCCACGACGGCGGCGCGCAUUGAUGGAUGCGGGGUACUGGGUCGGCCGAUUCUGCGCAACAAAGCCGAAGCCUAUGUCUUUCAGCCUGUUCACUGGGCUGCGACCCUGCUCAGCAUGGGGCCGAAUGUUGACGCAGCCACUGGUGCCCUGUCAGCACCACCAACAUGGGUGGGAAAUGAGCAGCAGGCUUUCAGUGCGGACCCCUCCCACGGCGCCGGGGAGGGCACUUCUGAUGCGCUACAGCUACCGUAUGUACGAAUCAAUCACCGCACGUCUUGCUCCAUCUCAGGCGAAGGUGACUCUUCGUCGUGUACCCGCGUAGUCACCACCGCACCGGCUGCGGGGCAGUGCAACACUGCCGACAGCCGCAUCAGCAGCGACACCGUCCCGAGGUUCUCUCACGUAAACAAGGGUAUAGAAAAGGCGAUCUUGCGCGUCAGCGACACUCUCGUCAGUGCGUACCCAACAUCUCUGCUCAUGACUUUCUCGAGUGCCAAUGCCGGAGGCGUAGGCCGUGAUGGUAUUGUUACUAGCAUGCUCAUCCAGAGCGGGAGCCCGGCAGUUGUGGCGUUGGAGGUGCGGGCGGACAGCUCCUCUGAUGUGCACGAGGUGAGGGGAAGUCCCACCCACGGCAGCAUGGACGAGCCGUUGUCUGCCGAGUCUAGCGGAACCUCCAUAUUGCAAGUGAACUCCACUCACGGUGCUGUGAUACCGCUGCCUUCCUAUGUUCUUGUGAUGUAG